UCUUUUUCUGGGGAGGGGGCAGCGGUGUGCUACUUUUUUCCUUUUUUGUGUGUGUGCAGGACAAUCCAGGCUCCUCCCACUCUCCUCAACGUCACCGAUCCCGAUCUCUCCCAAAGCCAGUUGAAACAGUGUGGAGGCAGAUCCGCGGGGCUGCGCGCACGGCCGGACCAGCGACGAUCUUCUUUCACAGCCAGCCAGGAACGACUGCAGAGACGCACAUCUGCGUUCCGGAGUUGCGUGAACUUCUCCCUCCCCACUCUACCACCACCACUACCCAGGCUGACUGUUCCCGCCGCAGACCGAAGGGAAUUCGAGAACUUGGAGAAGUGAAGCGGGCGCGCAGAGCUGCUGGAGGGGAAGAGGCGACCGCUUUGGAGGUAACUCUCCUGGUGUUGGAAACUUCCCAGCGCAACAUCGAGCGAGGACCUCCCGCCCACUUUACCCCUCAUCCACAACACUAGAGAGAGAGAGAGAGAGAGAGAGAGAGAGAGAGAGAGAGGCGCAGCGCUGGAUGGAGCAACAAAGGCUACAUGAUUAAACUGCCGGAGCUCCUCUGAUGAAAACUCCUCACUCCCCGCUCUCAUCCCCUGCGCUCAUCUAGAUCAGCCUCUUGGAUCUGGUUCCGGGGACGCAGCCAGGCUCCCCUACGCGCAAACUCCAGCCAAAAGGGAUCCGCCGCAGACACGAAAUUGAUGCUUUGGCACGGACGCGCGCACCGCCGAUCCUCCUCCUAGUUGUCGACAAAGUCUCCCGCCGCUGCGCCGCAAAGGGGAAGUCUAGCGUUGGACGGAGUGGGAUUUGCAGAAGUUGCAUGCGUGGUCUUUGUCGCCUUUGAGCCCACCCCCCUCCCCAGUCGUCCGCUCUCAGGUUAUCAGACAAGACCCCCGGAUAGUUGAGGUGCCAUGGCGCGGUGCGUGGGGCUGUGGGCGCUCCUGCUGGCGCUGCACGUUCAAGCCGGCAGUGGACAGGUCGUUCAGAUGGACUCGGCUAAGUCCGGAUUCGUGGGUUCCCAAGUGGAGCUGCGCUGCAUUUUCGUCAACAGUAACCCGCCGGUCAAGGUCUCCCAGGUCACCUGGCAGAAGCUGCUCAAUGGCACCAAGCAGAACGUGGCCAUCGUCAACCCGGUUCUGGGCGUGUCGGUGCUGUCUCCCUUCAGGGAGCGGGUGAGCUUCAAGCAAGCGACCGUGCGGCAUCAAAUGUCCUCGCUGGAGGACACCACCAUCGUGUUCUCCAACCUGCAGCUGUCUGAUGAAGCAGCCUACAUCUGCGAGUACACCACGUUUCCUGCAGGGAACAGGGAGAACAUGGUCAACCUGACUGUGUAUGCUCAGCCUCUGACCCGGAUGAGUUUGACGUCCACCACCAUCGUGGCCAAGACCCCGAGGCGCAAGAUGACGGUCGCCACUUGCACGGCGGCCAACGGGAAGCCUCCGAGUGUGAUCAAAUGGGAGACGAGGAUAAAGGGGGAAGCCACCUACCAGGAGACUCGCAACCAGAACGGGACAAUGACAGUAAAGAGCAACUACCAGCUGAUACCGAGCCGCGAGAUCCACAAGCAGAGGCUCACGUGCAUCGUGACGUACCGCGGCGAGAGGAUAUCGGAGAGCGUGGUGCUCAACGUUCAGUACGAACCCGAGGUGAAGAUCGAGGGCUUCGAUGGGAACUGGUACCUGAACCGGCAGACCGUGCAGCUGACCUGCAGGGCUGAUGCCAACCCGCCCGUCACCAUCUACCAAUGGAAACUCCUGAACGGUUCCCUGCCCAGCAACGUGGAGAUCAAGAACAACACCCUGUUCUUCAAGGGCCCUGUGACCUACGACCUGGCCGGCACAUACGUUUGCGACGCCACCAACGCCAUCGGGACUCGCACUGGCAUCGUGGACGUCAACAUCACAGAGAAACCGAUGGCGCAGGGUCCUCCAGGUGGUGUUAUCGGGGUCCUUGGAGGCGUCGUGGCCAUCGGCCUCAUCGUCGGCGUGGCAGUUACUGUGUUCAUGAUUCAUCGGCGGCAACACAAGUCUCACACUGAGACGGAUAAUGACCUCAUUGCUGUUGCUGCUGUUGCUGAUAGUUGUGUGACACAGGCUCCAGAGAAGCCAGAGUCCCCCACAAGGAAAGUAGAGGCACCUGACCCCAGUCUGUCCCCCGCUGACCCCUGCCCUCCUGGAUCCUCUAUUCUGUUGCCUGCAUGUAACGGUGGCCUGCAAGUGACAUACUUGAGCACACCAUUGUGAGAAAAAAAGGAUAGAAACUCUGGACUCUAAACAAGGAAAUUGCCUCUUACGAACAGAUUGAUGAACAAACACGAUUAAGAACCAAAUUUUAAAUCAGGAUGAUCAAAUAUUCAGCUCUGUUUGAUCAGAAGUAUGAAGCGUCAAACUCAUAUCAAAGCUCAAAAUUGCUUUGUUUGACAUGAGCUAACACUCAAAAACCAUGUCUUUGUUAGCAGACCACAUCCUCCAACCUCUCCCCUCCGACUUGCUGUCUCCCCUCCGCCUGUGUGCACGACUCCCAUCAAAUAUGCAUGACAAUAAUUGUGUUUGUGCCAGAUCUGUAAGUGUUAUUGUUCCCCACAAGCAUGCAACGCUAAUAUAGUGACAUGUAACUCCAAUCGCUGUGUGUCUGUUUGCUGUCUUAUGAGAAAAAAAUGUUUUUUUCUUUACCUGCUGAUCUGAAUGCAGAUCGCUGCUUUAGUCGCUGCAAAAAAGAGGAUUUUACGAGUGUCUAAUGUCAGGGAAGCAUUUAGCCAGACUGUUUAAUUCUGCAUGUUGAUGAGCUGUUAAUCAAGCUCAGCGUUUGAUAACAUGCCUGACUGCACCGCCAGUCACGCCUCUGUUUGCCCUCGCAUUGAAGCGCUAGGCGCGACUGGAAAUUGGUCAAUCCCAGUAAAUCAGCUGCUCUUCCGGAGGCUGCGCUGGCACAACGGUCAACUGAUUAUCAAAAUCGAUGGGCAUAGUCAAAAGGGGCUGUUCUCAGAAUAAUACAGUGGAGGAAAUGCGCAUUUGAUCCCUCGCUGAUAAUCACCUGUAUAAGACACCUGUCCACAGAAUCAGUCAAACUCUCCUACAUGGGAAAGACUCAAGAGUUUUCAGUGGAUUUAGGGGGAAGAUUGUAGACCUGGACAAGACCGGAAUGGACUACGGAAUGGGUUAAAGUGACAACUGUUGGUGUAAUUGUGCCAAAAUACAAGAACUUCUAGACACUUAUAGAUUUGGGGCUUCAAACAAGAUCCCACCUGGUGGAGUUUCCAUGAUCAUGAGAACAGUGAGAAAUCAGCCUAAAACAACACGACAUGAGUUGGUUGAUGUCAUUGAAGCUGGGACCAGAAUCACCAAGAAAACCAUUGGUAGGACUUUAAGUUGUAUUGGUUGCAGUGUUGUAAAUAGCCCUGCUUCAGGAGCCACAUGUGCAAAACCGCCUUAAAUUUGCCAAAGAACACCUUCAUGGUUUAAAGAGUGAUUGGGAGAAGCUGAUGUGGUCAGAUCAGACUAAAAUUAGAUCUUUGGCAUCAGUGGGGGAAGAGAAUGCUGCCUACGACUAGGUGGAAGCAUCAUGUUUUGGUGGGCUACUUCACCUUGUUGAUGGGUGGAGCCAUCUCCUCUUUUAGCCAAUAGGCUUAAAAUGGGUGGUGAAUGGGUCUUCUAAGAGAUAAAUGACCCAAAAUAAAUAGCCAAGACAACCAAGGAACGGCUAAAGACAAAAACUAUCAAUGGAGUGGUCCAGCCUCAAUCCUAUGGAGAGAGCUGAAGCUCAGAAUUGUCAAGUGAUAGUAAACAAAUCUGAAUGAUUUAGAAGUCAUCUAAAAUGAAGAGUGGACCAAAAUUCCUCCUGAGAUUGCAGAAAUCUGCAACUUCAAGACACAUCUGAUCUCUGUGCUCGAUAAUAAGGGUUGUGACACAAAGUAUUAAGUCUAUCCAGUAAGAGGGUUCAAAUACUUACUUUUGUCAAUGAAAUGCAAGAAAUUUCUUGAUUUUUUUUUUUCUGUAUGAUAUUCUGUCUCCCUCUGUACCAUCAAACCUACCAUCAGGAUGACAGACUGUACAUGGAGAAACCUACAAAAUCAGCAAAGGGAUCAAAUACUUAUUUCCAACAUUGUAUGUUCAUCGCUCAAUGCAAAACACCCAAAAGUGCAACCGAUUGUGAAAGCAGUUCUUGGUCGUAUUCAUAAGGUUUAUGAAGAGCAACGUGCAACAUAAAUAAAUAAAAACGUUGAGAUCUUGAUCUUAAAAGAAGGUAAGUGGAGCCAGACGUCCAGCUACCUUCUCUUUAAGCCCCUGAUGGGUUCAACCCUUUGGGACAAAUGGAUGGAUGUAGCUGCAGUGAACUGUGGAAACCUGCUUUUUUCACCUGUAUUUCCUGCUUUUCAUCUUUGCUGUCUGAAAACCUUUUUUUUUUUUGUUUCUAAAAUGUGAUUAACGGUGAUCUGAUGUUGGACACGCUCUUGCUUUAAGCUGUAACCAAAGUAGGAUUGUCAUUGUUCUUCAGCGUGGACUGUCACAGUUGUGAAUUUCUUUCAUGUUGCUGUCACAGUAAAAAUGGUGCUUGGUUUCUCUGUACAGACUGUUAUCCAUGCUGUACAACUGUCACUAGAAGAAGUCAAAUAUAUUUCAGUGUUUUUAUUUUUUUGUAAAGCAGUGUGUGUUUAUUGGUAAUCUUGCCCAGGGUGUUGGGGGGAAAAAAAAGCUUGAGUGUGUAUAAUUGUAAAGUGAAAUGUUCUAAGAGACCAAACUUUCCUCCAGCAACAGAAAUAGUUUUUGAUAAACUUGUCAAAGAACAAAAAACAGAAAAAAAACUGCUUUGUUUCCUUUUUUUUUCUCUUGUGAGAAAAGAAGGCAAGUGGAGCUCAGCAGAGUAAUUGUUGUCCGCCUUUCUGAGUGAGAUCUGAGUCAGACAAAGCAUGAAAGUAAUUGCCUCCCAAAGAUCAAAUCGCAUUUAUCCCGUCUUGCAAUUAAAAGUAUCAUUAGCAUUUAAAUUGCUAAAUAAGAUUGCGAUCAACAGAAAUCAAUGAGAGCCGGCGAGGAUCAGCGUCGACGCUCCGCGUUGCUGUCCACGGGCGGAGCGUGGUUACACUCCGGCUCCUUAAUCCAAAUGCUUCUGGGGAUGCAACACUUCACUCUCUCCCACCAUGCAAGAGGACAGGAAGAGGCCUUUCAAACUGUCGUACUGAUGGACAUCUUAACUCUGAUUGUCAGAGCACAAAAACACCUCUCGCUGGUGCCAAAAAAAAAAUUGUGAGAGCACUGAAAAAGUCAUUUCCUCUGCUGUAAAUCUUCCCUCACAGAUUACUCUUCUCAGUUUAAGGAUUAGUUAUGUUUUCUCCUCGCUAUCCCCUUUAAAUCUCCCCCUAAGCUGCCCUGAGCCUUUUGUAGCCAACCGAGCGAGGAGGAGCAAGGUCUUCAAGGUGGAUGUCUGAGUGGGAAACGGUGCAAACUUGAAUGUAGCUUAUGGUUCCCUGCCCACUGCUUUCUGCUCCCCACAGGCUUGUGGUGCUUGUCAGCUUUCAUUUGUGUCUGCCGAGCCAAUGCCCCAUGCUGCCAGCAUCACAUUCAGCACACAACCAUCACACAGCUGAGAGGCUCAUGAAGUGAUCAAGCUGAGCACCGCUGUGUCUGACUAAUGACUUUUCAAACUAACAUUAAGGGCGAACGGAAGCGCUCGUUGAAACCAAAAAAAGCCGUAAUUAUGAUGGCUGCAGACAUAAAUCUGGAACGAGUAAUGCAAGAAUGACAAUACAAACAUUUUUGGAAGAAAUCAGGAUUCGUGUAGUCUUCUCGACAAUUAUCUGAGAUCUUCUGCACAUCUCCUAAACCUCCAUUCAGGUUUCAACCAAACAAAAGAUUACGAUAAGUCAGAGGAUUUCUCAGAUUUGGUAAAACUAAAAAAGGAGACUUGAAGGAGCUCUACAGGACCACCAUAUAGAAGAAAAAGAAAGAUUCUUACAACAGUUUAUUCAGGCACUAGACUCUCAGAAUCACAGGAUACAAGUCUUCUUUGUUACACACCAAUAGCACUUUGUUUUGGGGUUUUAUUUUGAAAAGAUGGAAUCAAAAGCCUGAUGUUUUCAGGUAUCAGAAAUUAUAUUAUUGAGGCCACACUGUUACCUUGGGUUAUGGGACUGCAAAGACUUGAGAUGACUGAAAUCAUGCUGAAAAAUACAAAUCCAAAUGUUAGUUUUUUAAAACCCAACUAGUGUCUUUUCAGGUAAAAAUUGUACUUUAUACUCACAACACAUAUAUUAUUGUACAAAAAAAAAAAUCCCAGAAGUCUUUGCAAAAAAACAGUGUGCAUUAUAAAACCAGAUUUGGUAAUAUCAACCACAAUGUUUAAACAAUUUUCUCUUUAAAAACGAAGGGAUUAAAAUGUAUUGUUUUAAAAUAAAAUAUUAAUGUUUUCAUCUUCAGAACACAGUAAAUUCAUAAAUAAUUUUCUCAAAAUUCUUUUAUUGAUUAGGAAUUCAUACGUAGCCUGCAUAAAUGCUCUCUAGAUUAAGGAAUAUAGACCACAAUGCAUUGCAUUUGAACGAUUUUUUUGUUUGAAAAAAAUGUACUUAAAUGUAUGUUUUCAUCAUCAGAACACAGUAGAUUCUUAAAUAGUUUUUGUAAAAUCUUGUGUUUUAGGUUUUUACUUCAACAAAUGGGUGACAUCACAAUUGCGGUUUGAAAAAAACAAACAAAAAAAAAGAAGUAGUGAACAUGUCCCAGAACUGCAUUAAAAUCCAG